AUGUUGGAAUACGGUAUUCGUGGGGCAAUUGCCAUACAAAUUAAAAUGCCCAAUGCCAAAGAUUUUCAACGUAUGUUUGCCUACGAUUUCGAUUUGUGCCAGAUGUUAAGUCAAAUCACCAAGGGUAGCAUUAUAAGUGUAUGGUAUCGGAAACUAUUGAAAAGUGGCAAUAUUAUGGAAAAUUGUCCAAUCGCUAAGGGUCAUUAUUAUGCACAUAAUAUAAGUUUGAAUCCCGCCACUUUACCGGCCUUCUUAAGAUCGGGCGAUUAUCAGAUAUCGUCAUUGAAUUAUUAUGGCAAACGAAAAACUAAAUCCUAUCAACAGGUAGUUCGCUUUGCCAUUGGCUUUAAGAUAUAUUGA